AUGCUCGACCAUGAUUCCUUGCUUUAUGUUUUCAAGUUUUUGGAUUUCUCCCAUGUUCCAAAGUUGUGUCUUGUUUGCUCGGAUUGGAACGAAAUUGCGAGUGGAAAUGCGUUAUGGGAAUGGUAUUUCCACAUGAUGAGCAACAACAAGAAAGGAAAAACGGGUAUUCAAACAACUGUAUUGGAAAAUAAUAACGUUUUCUGGAGGAAUAUGAUACGAGAUCACUUUUCUAAACAUGAAAUACGAACAACGAAUAAGAUCAGUUCCAAUGGUGUUAUCGAUCUCAGUCGUCAAUUGGACUUUAUGAACUACUCAAUAGUUCAUCCAUAUUUGACUCAAUUAACAAAAUUUAUUUGUGGGAGAAUCAAAGUAGAGAAAGUUUAUUAUUCUGGAGAUGGAGGAAAGAUGCACCUAUUUACUAAAGAUGUUGAUUUUUUGGUGUUUGAAAAUUAUAGAUUUAUUGAACUGAAAAUCAAAAUGAGGAUUAGUGGUUUGGAUGAAUGCAUUAUUGCUCGAACUAGAUCUGGUUAUGGAUUUUUCCUUUUUGGAUACGAUUAUUUUAAUGGAACAAGUAUUUAUAUUUCAACAGAAACUCAUGACACCAUCAAUGAACAUUUGCAAAAUCCACAUGCUUCGAGUAAUGAUCCUGUAUCUUUUUCAAAUAUGAACUUGUUACAAAAUUGUUUUCUUUAUGUUUUCAAUGGAAAAGGAAAUGCACCGACCUUGAGAGGAGAACAAUAUCUAGAAGAUCAUGUGCUGUCAAAAUGUAUUCCCACUCACACUCCAUUGAAUCUAUCCCCAAAAUCUGCAAUUCCUCUUCUUUGCUAUAUUCUGACCUGUAUUACUGCUAAAUUAGACUGUUUCAGUGGUUACAAGAAGGAAUUUACACAUGCCUAUCCAGACAUUGCCAAUAAUACAUUCAUGUAUUAUCAAAAGUAUGUGGUAUAUAGAGAGCGUGUACGUAGCCGAAUACCACUCUUGAGGCAAAGUAUUUUAUCCACACCAUGCACUUUGGAUGUCAAUAUUUGUAGGACAGUCAAUCAAAUGAUUGAAGGAAAAACAAGUGUAACCGUACCUGCAAAUCGCAACACCAGAAAGGACUAUUGGCGCUGCUUACAAUCCAAAGUCAUAUCCCCAAAACAACAACAAACCUUUUUCCCAGACUUAUUCCAACACCGUAACAAUAAUAAUGGAGUCGUUUCCGAAGUGAAUGCAGAUGUCAUUCGAAACGAAAUUCUCUCCUACCGAAAAGCUUUUAAACGCCUCGAAAAUGAAAACGAACUUUUGGAACACUUGUUCCGUUACAAAGCCAAUAAAUUCUUGUAG